UUUCGAGCAGGGCGACCGCGGGCGACGUGCUUGUUCGCGCAGGGCGACGGCGUCGGCGGCGGCGGCGGCCCAGGGCGGAUCUCCAUUCUCCGGCCAUCUAUGGCUCCCCCCGAUGAUGUUGCAGGUAACUCUGGUGAGAAUGAGGGGAGUAAGAAGGCUAAGAAGAAGAUUAAGAAGAAAGGCAAUCUAUGUGGCUUUAAGUCAAGGUUUAACUCAAAAAGGCUGGCUCAGAUUGGGAAGCAAAUAUCACCGGAAAAACAGAGAAUCAUAAGGGAGGGACCGUUUGGAGACUUGUUGGACAUCCGGUCUUUCAAGGUGCCCCAUGAGCUCAUUGAGUUUGUUGCGAUGAACACGAAUCACGUACUCUCUGAGUUCAAACACAAGAACAAAUCUAUCAUCUUCAACAAGCUUAUGGUGAAAAGGAUUUUCAACGUGCCAUCCGGUGAUAGACCCGUGAAGCUUCUAAAGAAGACUGAUGAACAUGAUCUUCGCAACAUUUACAAGGAGGGGAACAGGGCUCCAAUCGCCCAUGUUGUCAAGUUGCUCACUAGUUGCAGUGUGGAGGACGUGGAUAUGAUAAAUAGGACUUGGGCACUCCUUGCGUUGGCAACAGUUUUGUGCCCAGGCACGGGCAAUAUGGUGAACCUUGAGUAUCUUGCUUCCUUGGAAGAUAUGUCUUUGGUGCAUGAGUUCGCUUGGGAUGAGCACUUGUUGGCACGAGCGAUGGAGGAGGUUGGAGUCUUUCAAGAGAAGAAGAGGAUGCAAGCAAACGCAGAAAAAGAGUUCCAGAUUGCUUCAUGCCUCCCCAUGUUAGCGAUCAUAUACAUGGAUCAUGUUGAUAUCCCGGCUGGCCUCCCAAAUGAGCAUGCUAUUGAUUAUUCCGUGCCGAGGAUACGUUUUGUUUGCCAAAAGGAUUUUGAGUGGCUGGAUAAAGUUGACAAGAACAAGCUCACUCUUAUCCAACCUUUCUACGGGAAACACACCCAUCACAACUUGUGGGACAUGAAGUUGGUGCUGAAGCAGCUAGUGGGCAGGGAGGUGGUGCUGAAGCACCUAGUGGCCAAGGAAUUAGUGGCCAAGGAAGCCAAGUUCAAGGUACCAACUCAGUUUCAAAUGCUUUACGACAAGCACAAGGGUAUUUUUGCAGCGGAAGUGGAUGAUGUUGUAGGCAAGUUUGGACAGUGUUUAAAGGGAUUGCAGUGCAGCCGGAUGGCUGCCCUCCUUCGCGAUGUUGGAGACGCCGUCACAGCUACCAGUGAGCCCAACUUCUCCUUUGAAGCACCUAUCAUGGACGAAUGUCGCGGAAAAGAGAAUGAUGCUAAAGCUGCAAAUGAUGGCAUUGGUGCUCAAGCUCAAGCUGAAGGUACAACACCUAGCAUUAACAAGGAUGAAGUCACCGGAUUGAAGCAACAAGUAGCAACCGAGGCUGCUGAAACUCGUGAGCAACAACGAGUGAGUUUCGAGAUGGAAGGGAACGUCUCACCUCACAGCCCCCCACUCUUCUAUGAUGCACCCAGGAGUGCGACAGCUGGCAUUUGGGACGACGAGCCAUCCUGUGAGUUGUUCCCAAAGGGCUCCGAAGACUACGAGAUGAUGCAUUGCACGGAUGAGCCUAUAACCAAGAAAAGCACAGUCAGCCCCAUAUUUGAAAACAUCCCCGUGUUCCCUGUUUCAGACGAUGAUGACAGCCCAACUCCUAAUAUGGUCGCUACAGAAGAGCAUUUUGUUGAGGCAAGCAGUGGCCCUAGCACACAUGACAAGAACACUAGGAAGAAGAGGAUGGCCAAAGUUCCAGCGGUAAAAAAUACCAAGGCAAAGAAGCAAAAGGUUGAUGCAGCUGCAGCCAUGUAUGAGAAGUAUGUAAAGCAUGGGAAACCAUUGAGGAGAUCACAUGCCAAUGAACAAGUGACACCUUUCAUCAAGAUGGGUGGAUUUUACAUUGGAUACAAGAAAUUCCUGGUAUGCUUCAAGCCUCGUGGGGAUAUGAAUGAUGAGGUUAUGUCCCUAUGUAUCGAGAUGAACAACAUGACAUCCCGUGCAGCAAGUGGUACGAAUCGGAAGAAAUACAUGUUCUCAGUCCACGCGGGGAUCACAAACUUUGCAGCCCUCGCACAAGAGUACAGCCAAUUCAAUGUCGAUGUUGGAUCCUUCGCCCGUGUUGACCUAGAGGAUUACCCAAAGCAAGAUAACCUAUGUGAUUGUGGCUUUUUCGGGCUCAAAUAUGUGGAGAACUUUGAUGGGAAGUCAAUGAAAGAGUUCAAUCAGGAAGACGUGGCGCGAUACCGCAUGGAUGUGGUGCACAACCUUUGCACUCACCCAAUGAACAAUGCCCCAAUGGAGCGGGCAUUCAAUGAAGAGUUGGCGGCUUAAUUUGCGGGAGGGUUCAAGACGAUCAAGCUCGUUUUCUUUCGUUAGGUCUAGAAUCAUGUCUGAGGUGGCAGCGUUCUGAUAGUAUUAGAGUAGUGCGCG